GAGAAACAUGCAGGCUAAGGUGUUCGCUCUGAUCUCCCUGGGAUUACUAUCGCUGGCUGCCGGUCAGCAGGAGCAUCCGGCGACGUCUGUGAAGAAAUGCUCCGGAAGUAAACCCUUUCCGCUGGAAGUGCGUGUCCACAACUGCGUUACUCCACCCUGCCAGAUUGUAAAGGGUACGACCCAAAAGUUCGAGAUCGAUUUCGCCGUGGACAAGUACAUCACCCAGCUGACGACCUUGGUGAAGGCCACCACCCUCGGCAUCAUCACGGUGCCCUAUGAACUGCCUGCGGAUGUGGCUGCCGUCUGUCCGAAUCUCCAGUACGGCGCCUAUUGCCCGCUGUAUCCCACCGAGGAUGUCUCCUAUCUGUUCUCGUUUCCCAUCGGGGAGUAUCCCGAGAUCGGCGUGAAGAUCGAGAUCUAUCUGGUGGAUCAGGACAAUGAGAUUGCCACGUGCUUCGUGUGCGACAUUAAGGUGGUCAAGGGCAAUGGCGGCAACACGCUCUAUGAGCUGGACUAUCUCAACUGAAGUUGGACCUAGUUAAUUCAUCAAUUGGUUUAAAUUACUGUGAUAUACAAUACAUACUUCUUUUUCCAAAAUCCAUCGCUGAGCUACGCAACGAUGUCUCAUGAAUAUUUAAUAAAAUUUUAAAAGCUUUACCCCCCCACA